GGGCAGCUCUACUCAGCCGCACAAAGUCAGUGGGCGGUGCCAGAGGGCACGUGACACAGAGAGCCCCGCACAGCUCUGCAGUCUCUUCCGGGGCACUGAGUGAGCUCGCCGGUUGCUGGAGCUCACAGUCCCCUCUGCCUGCAGCGGCCGGAGAGGGAGGUGCUGAACACUGAGCGUUCUAUCGCCUAGGGGCUUCGGCAGGAGGACUAGCGUGUUUUUAACAAAGAUCCUGACAUUAUGGCAGGCCUCCUGAGAUCAGUUACUACCAGCUGCUCAAGUCCACUUUUCAGCAGCCUCGUUUCUCUGAAGGCUCAGACUGUGAAGACACCAUGUCUGCGAAUGUUCCGCACUCACCAAGUGCUCUGGUGCCAGCAACCAGUAAGACCAGGCGUUCCAUACAAACAGAUCACUGUGGGGGUCCCCAAGGAGAUUUUCCAGAAUGAGAAGAGAGUGGCGCUGUCCCCCGCUGGAGUGCAGGCUCUGGUCAAACAGGGCUUUAAUGUGGUGGUGGAAGCAGGAGCAGGAGAAGCUUCUAAAUUCUCAGACGAUCAAUACAAGGAGGCUGGGGCCCACAUUCAGGGGACCAAGGAUGUGUUGGCUUCAGAUUUGGUUCUCAAAGUGCGGGCACCCAUGUUAAACCCUGCUCUGGGAGUGCAUGAAGCAGACCUAUUCAAGCCUUCCUCAACACUUGUCAGCUUCGUUUACCCUGCUCAGAACCCCGACCUGCUGAGCAAACUCUCUGAGAAGAAUAUGACUGUCCUGGCAAUGGACCAGGUGCCUCGUGUGACAAUUGCCCAGGGAUACGACGCCUUGAGUUCAAUGGCAAACAUUGCAGGGUACAAAGCUGUAGUAAUGGCUGCCAAUAACUUUGGACGAUUUUUCACCGGACAAAUCACUGCUGCUGGCAAAGUUCCACCAGCCAAGGUCCUUAUUAUUGGGGGCGGUGUGGCUGGACUGGCCGCUGCAGGAGCAGCUAAAUCUAUGGGAGCAAUUGUGCGAGGAUUUGACACCAGGGCUGCAGCUUUAGAACAAUUCAAAUCCCUUGGGGCGGAGCCGCUGGAAGUGGAUCUGAAGGAAUCUGGAGAAGGCCAAGGUGGUUACGCAAAGGAAAUGUCCAAGGAAUUCAUUGAAGCCGAAAUGAAGCUCUUUGCUAAACAGUGUCAAGACGUGGACAUCAUUGUCACAACUGCUCUCAUUCCUGGCAAAAGAUCCCCAAUUCUGUUCCGUAAGGACAUGAUUGAAUUGAUGAAGGAAGGUUCCGUUGUGGUUGACUUGGCUGCCGAGGCUGGAGGAAACAUUGAAACCACUAAACCAGGAGAACUUUAUGUACACAAGGGUGUGACUCACGUUGGGUAUACUGACAUCCCCAGCAGAAUGGCCACUCAGGCGAGCACACUCUACUCCAACAAUAUCACCAAACUUCUGAAGGCCAUCAGCCCAGAUAAGGAUCAUUUCUACUAUGAUAUAAAGGAUGAUUUUGACUAUGGUACUAUGGAUCACGUCAUCAGAGGAACUGUAGUUAUGAAGGAUGGUAAAGUCAUUUUCCCUGCACCACCUCCAAAUAAGAUCCCUCAGGGAACCCCUGUGAAGCAGAAAUCUGUCUCUGAACUGGAAGCUGAAAAGGUGGCGGCCGUUUCACCUUUUAGAAAGACAAUGAAUGGUGCUGCUGCCUAUACAGCAGGCCUGGGCACCCUCCUCAGUCUGGGCAUCGCAUCACCCCAUUCUGCCUUCACUCAGAUGGUGACAACCUUUGGAUUGGCUGGAAUUGUUGGUUACCACACAGUAUGGGGAGUCACUCCUGCUCUACAUUCACCUCUUAUGUCUGUGACUAAUGCCAUCUCAGGUCUGACAGCCGUGGGAGGACUGGCCCUCAUGGGGGGAAGUUAUCUGCCCACCAACACACAUGAGCUGCUGGCCGUCCUCGCAGCGUUUGUGUCUUCCAUUAACAUUGCAGGAGGUUUCCUGGUUACUCAGAGAAUGCUGGAUAUGUUCAAACGUCCGACUGACCCUCCUGAGUAUAACUAUCUGUACCUGCUCCCAGGAGGUGCCUUUAUUGGGGGAUAUGCAGCUGCCCUUCAAAGUGGAUAUGACAUUGAACAGAUGGUUUACCUUGGUUCAGGCCUGUGCUGUGUCGGAGCCCUUGCUGGCCUAUCUACCCAAGGCACUGCCCGUCUAGGUAAUGCCCUAGGUAUGAUGGGAGUGGCUGGAGGAAUCGCAGCCACCUUAGGUGCUCUUAAACCAAGUCCAGAAUUACUAGCACAGAUGUCUGGAGCGAUGGCACUUGGUGGCACUAUAGGUCUGACCAUUGCCAAACGUAUCCAGAUUUCAGACCUACCCCAGCUUGUGGCUGCUUUCCAUAGUCUUGUGGGUCUGGCUGCCGUUCUCACCUGUGUAGCUGAAUACAUGAUCGAAUAUCCACACUUUGCAACUGAUCCCGCAGCAAACCUCACCAAGAUUGUGGCUUAUCUGGGUACCUACAUUGGUGGCGUCACUUUCAGUGGCUCCCUUGUUGCUUACGGAAAACUGCAGGGUGUCCUUAACUCGGCUCCUCUGCUGCUGCCUGGAAGACACAUGCUAAAUGCAGGCUUGUUAGCCGCCAGUGUUGGAGGCAUCAUCCCCUACAUGCUGGACCCAAGCUACACCACAGGAAUCACAUGCCUUGGAUCUGUGUCGGCCCUUUCUGCUGUUAUGGGUGUCACCCUGACUGCAGCCAUCGGAGGUGCCGACAUGCCCGUCGUUAUCACCGUCUUGAACAGCUACUCUGGGUGGGCUCUGUGCGCGGAAGGAUUCUUGCUGAAUAACAACUUGCUAACAAUAGUUGGCGCUCUGAUUGGUUCCUCUGGUGCCAUCCUCUCCUACAUCAUGUGUGUGGCAAUGAACAGGUCCCUGACGAAUGUUAUCCUAGGAGGCUACGGAACUACAUCAACUGCUGGUGGGAAACCUAUGGAAAUUACUGGCACCCACACCGAAAUCAAUCUGGAUAAUGCAGUUGAAUAUAUAAGGGAGGCCAAUAACAUCAUUAUCACACCAGGUUAUGGGCUGUGCGCUGCCAAGGCUCAGUACCCCAUUGCUGAUUUGGUGAAAAUGCUUAAGGAAGAAGGCAAAAAUGUCAGAUUUGGUAUCCAUCCUGUAGCCGGCCGUAUGCCAGGUCAGUUGAACGUACUUCUGGCGGAGGCAGGAGUCCCAUAUGACAUUGUGCUGGAAAUGGAGGAGAUCAAUGAAGAUUUCCCUGAAACUGAUCUAGUGUUGGUGAUUGGUGCCAAUGACACAGUGAACUCUGCAGCACAAGAAGACCCCAACUCUAUCAUCGCUGGAAUGCCCGUCCUGGAGGUGUGGAAGUCCAAGCAGGUCAUUGUGAUGAAGAGAUCCCUUGGUGUGGGUUAUGCAGCUGUGGACAAUCCCAUCUUUUACAAGCCUAACACCGCCAUGCUUUUGGGAGAUGCUAAGAAAACUUGCGAUUCCCUUCAGGCCAAAGUCCGAGAGUCCUUCCAGAAAUAGAUGCUCCUCUUGGUUUUUAUACAAGCUCUUUACUGGCCAGUGUUAACCGUUUUUAUAACACACAUUUUUAUAGUACAACAUGUACGCAUGGGAAGUACAGCAGAAUAUUGGACUUGCACUAAUGAGCCUUGUGUGCAAAGUAGCAUGAUAUUCUUCAAUAGCAAAACAAAGGUAACGGCAUUUCAACUAAGCUGAUAUCCUAUUUUAUAUCUUUAUACCCAAGACAUAGACUACAGCUCUUUAUACAGAUCAUAUGUACAACUCCUUACAAUAAAGGGCAGAGGUCCCCAA